AUCUUUCUUUUGUUUUGUUUUUGCUGCCUCACGGCCUACGUGGUCGUGUUUCCCGCGAUGCACCGCAUCUCUCUUCUCUCUCGGCUGUCGUUCUUACCCCUUUGUGCGAUUUGGCACAGAAACCUCCUUGGGGGCGGCCACUCUUUCUUCCUUUUCGGGAAGCGUGCCGGCCAACGGUGGCCGGCCCCCCUGGGCAAUAUUUCAAGGUAUGGGCCUUGCCGGCUGUGGCUUUUUCUUUCUUUUCUUUUCUUGCCUCCAGUAAGUUACAACACAAUCACACAAUAAACACAAUCACAACACCAAAAAAAGGCCAAAACCCACAACAGGCAAUGUGCCAUGCUUUCUAUAUUUAGUAAUAUAUAUAAUACAAAAUAAUAAAUACAGCCAGACUUUUGAGCUGCAAGGAUAUUCAGUGCAAUUCAACCAGACCAAUAAAAGAUUAACCUUCGAAAAAGGCGACCAGGCUUUGAAACAGUGAUACUACUCUGAAUCUGACCAACCAAAGAUUUCCCCUAGAUAGCAAGCACCCAGGCUUUGAACCACCGAGGCUAUUCAUUACAAUUCUACCCCCCUAAAAGGCAACUACCUAACCUUCCAAGCAGCAAGCCUAUUCCUUUCUAUUCCACCUCACCAAACAAGGAUUCCCAUAAGAAAAUGGCCAGGCUUUCAGGCUACAAAGCUAUUAUUCACUGUUAUUCCACCUACCUAACAAAGAAUUCCCAUACACCACAGCAACGCGUGGCCGGGCACAGUAAACUAUAAAAUUGUGCAAUAAAUCUUAGGAAAGGGCAAACGCUCUGCUGUUUUUGGGCGACCGUGCAUGCGCGUCCGCCAUUAACGAAUUAAUUUCGAAAAUAACGAAUUUUCGUUAAUUUCGAAAAAUUUUGGGGACAAAAUUCGUAAAUAGCAACAAAAACGAAAAACUGCCCCCUCUAGUUUUGAAACGAGUUUAGAAUCAAAUUUUUCAUGGAUCGAUCAAGCCUACUGGUUACCAAUAGAUAACUUUCUCAAAUUGCUAUAAAGCUUUUGGAAGAUGCUAGAUUGAUCUACCACAAUGCUUUGUUGGUUGUUACUUGACUCAUGUCUUUUAUAGAGAAGAUUUUAUCUCAGAAUGAUGGUUGCUUUCCUGUUGUCAUCAGUUAUAUGAGAAGGAUAUCUUAGCAUGUAGAAUAUGUAAUAUUUUCACUUUAUACAGCAUUUAGCCAUUUUCCAAUCUUUUUAUUGCGAACCCAUUUUGUUACAGGUUUAUAGUAGCACUGUAAAACCUUGCUUCUGAAAAAUAAAUUAUUGGCCUGUGAGGUCAUAAAAACUCUUUCUAAGCUGGAUAAUGUGUGUUUCUUUCAAUGCUGCACAGGACAUAUUUUAAGGAAUUAGCAUCAUGGGCUGUUUCUGGCUUUGUUUUAGUAGUAGGAGUAGAAAUAUCCUGCAUGCCAUUUUUGUUUCAAAAAACAUUUGGUUGAAUUCUGAGAGGAGGAAGAUAAUAAUUAAAAAGAUGCUUGAUAUUUCUGGUCAAUUCUGGGUGAUUCCUCCUAUCCUUAUACCAACCCAUAAUCCACCUCACAUUGUACAAAAAUCCUCUUGGUUUUUCAGGUAAUCUUUGUUGCUCAAAGAAACUCCUAGGGAGGAGAAAGAGAAACGUUUUUUCGACCUCAUCAGAUGGCUUACUUGACCCACCCUAUGCUACAUGUUCACCUCUUUCAGGAUGGAGCCCAUUACACAACGCAAGUGUACUUCAAGUUGGGCUCCAUCCAGAAAAGGAAGAGCAAGAGGUGUAUGCCACUGCCACAGCAACAUGGGACCCUUGCAAGCAAUGGGGGAAGUUGGGCAGUGACACUUCCCCCAUGGAAUUGGGGGAAAGACAAGUCAUGCAAUGCAGGGCAUGGAGUGAUGGCUUCUCCACACCCUUGCUAGUAGCCCAUGAAUUCACCAUGAUGCGUAGCAAAUUCAUGGGCCUUUUUGAUGAGGUCCUUUAAGUUAAGCUACCUUAGGAUCCACUAUGUAUGGAUAUGUGUGUGUGGAGGGGAGAAGGCCAGUUAUACAGUUGUCUGUUUCUGAAUUAAGUAUAUUGAGAAGUAGCCACACACUUCUGGAAAGUUAUCAGCUGGAAAAUACCUUUUUAAAGUGUUAACAUUGCACUUGCUUAUUGGGCUUAAAACAAGUAACAUAACAGAGUACAUCUGAAAAUUCCAAAAUGUUAACAACCUAGAUCUAAAAACAGUGACAUCAAUUGAAUAUGUUAUGUGCCAUAUUUGAUUGCACUGUCUGCGGAUUUAAAGAUGGUGUUUGACUAGUCACAGCUUCACAGGUGUUUGCUGCAAUGGUUACUUCCUGGCUUAUUUCCUGUUUGGAGUCAGUCCAAAGGCACAUAAUAUUAUGACUAUCGAGUUCCUGGAAGCCCCGGUGGCAAAGUGUGUUAAAGCGCUGAGCUGCUGAACUUGCAGACCAAAAGGUCCCAGGUUCAAAUCCCGGGAGCGGCUUGAGCGCCCACUGUUAGCUCCAGCUCCUGCCAACCUAGCAGUUCAAAAACAUGCAAAUGUGAGUAGAUCAAUAGGUACUGCUCCGGUGGGAAGGUCACGGCGCUCCAUGCAGUCAUGCUGGCCACAUGACCUUGGAGGUGUCUACGGACAACGCCAGCUCUUUGGCUUAGAAAUGGAGAUGAGCACCAACCUCCCAGAGUCAGAUAUGACUGGACUUAACGUCAGGGGAAACCUUUACCUUUUAUCGAGUUCCUAGGUAUGUUAAACAGUUUUAAUUCCCAUGGUUCUUAUAGUUUAAUCUUUAACAAAUUAAUUCACUUUCACCCUUUUGUAGUUGGUCUCACAAGAUAGUUUCACCAGGCAGAUUUAGAAAAUUCUUGGAGAAUAGUUUCACUAAUUAGAUUUUAAGGGUCCUUUUUUAGUCUCUAUAUUUUCCGACUGAAAAAUACAGUUUACCUCCCAGAGAUGUUUUGUCCACAAAGUUGGUAAGCUUACAGCAGAUUUAAGGGUUUCUUUUAAUUUGUUUUAUAGUUCUUAUGUAAAUGUAGUCUUUUAAAGAGGUGAAUCGAAGUUUCACCUGCCUGCUUGACAGAGUCAUGGAGUAUGUGAUGUUUUCCCCUCCUCUCUCUCCUUCUCCUAUUUUAGUGGGGAUGAUGAGAUCCUUUCAGUCUUGAGGGGUUUGCGACAGUUGUGUCUCUACCUUUUCUUUCUGAAAAAGUAUUUCUCAACUCCAUGUGAUUGAUAGACCUCAGGGAUGUCCCAGUGCUCAUCCAACUCACUAAGACACUGCUGUUUUUGUUUAUUCGUUCAGUCGCUUCCCACUCUUCGUGACCUCGUGGAUCACUUCUAGCACCUCAAUAUUUCUAUAUUUUAUCAAUAAAAUUAUAUUGAAUCCCCCUCAAAAACAGCAAUUCAUUGAUAAAUAAUUCUUUUUAAAGUAACUGUUGUGAAAAAAUCCUGAAAAUAUAUUCUUCUCUCGUAUGUAGGCAAGCAAAUCCUGAAAUGUAAAAAAUCUCACUACAGUUAGCAAUAUUUUCACUUGGAUGAUUCAGUGUGUUGAGACAUCCUUUCUCAUCAAGGCUUGGAAAAUUUGUAAUUAUUUACAUCACUAGACCUAGGAGGAUCAACCACUAAAUGCUUGCUUUAGGAAAAAAGAUAUUCCAAGUCCUUCUGCCUAUGACUUUGGUGCCAGUGGAGCAGAAUACAAAAAACACUUUGUUCAUCAUAAUGUCCUAGUUCUUUUAUACAUCCUUCUGAAAUUUUCCUGUAUUCCUGACUAGGGAUACUUAUAAUAUACCUUACCGAAAUCUCCCUCCCCAUUAAAUAAAUAAUUUAAAAGUUCUUCAUGUGCUUUGCACUUCAUCAAGAUUUGAGAUACACAAAUUACAAUAAAAAAAGAAAAAGAGUGCUCUGUGGAAUCUGUGGCAAAUGAAUUCCAAUUCUUCAUUGCAUGUUUAGGGUGGUCGCUGGAAAAGCAUGGUCAAGAGACUUCAUGUGACUCCAAAUACUUUUCAUUGAAUACCACCUUAAACCUACAGUUUUAAACAGAAUGUGAAGUUAUAGUUGCCAUGAAUGAUUUGUUUUAUCCCCAAAUAGGUUUGUGUGAUCUAAUGAGGAGAAGAAAUGGCUCUUCCAUGGCUGCCUUUGUCUGAUAUAGAUCCUGAGGUUUUUCUGUAGGUGGACAAUUUUUUCUAAUUCUAACUUCUUAACAAUAGUCUUGGUUAAAAGUCUCCCAUCAUCCCCAAUCUAUUUUUUGUCAAGUCAACUUUCACUUUUGAAGUUAUUAAUAGAAUAGAAUAGAAUAGAAUAGAAUAGCUUUAUUGUCAUUGUACUAUUGCACACAAAAAUUAAAUGCCUUUCCCAGCACACAUCAUAAAACAACACACCAAUCCCUCCACACCCCAACCACCACUGCACAGCCCCCAAUGCCACAUCAAUGUGAAACUAUUGAGUUCAUCAUAGCUACAGGGCUGUGUAGAAAGGGCCUCAGUCUGUUUGUCCUUGUCUUUGUCAUCCUGUACCGUCUGCCAGAUGGCAAUAUUUUUAAAAAAGGAAAGAAUAUGUUGGGUGAGAUGGAUCCCCAAGAAUGCUCUGAGCUUUCAUAAGGCCGUGGGACCUUUAAAUUUCUUCCAAAGAGGGGAGAGGGCAACCAGUUAAAAUCUGUGCAGUAGUGGUGACUAGGCAUGUGCAAUCUGGGUAAACCUUGAUCCCUUUAGAUGUCCUCGAUUUCACUGCCCCCCCCCCCCCGAUCUGUUAUUCUGGAGCCUCCCAAAUUCAGGAGGACUGAAAUCCAUUUUUGAUCCAAAAAGUUGAAAGAUUCGUUUUCAAGCCGGUCUUUUCGGAGUAAUUUGGGGGGGGGGGGGUGAGACGCUUCCCAGGUUUAAGGCAAGGGCUUGAGGAAACCCCCCUUCCUGCUAUCCUUUCCCUUUUCUCUUUCGAGGAGACCCAAGUUUAAGGCAAGGGGUUAAGAAACUCCCCCUCCUGUGAUUCCUUCUGGGAUCCUUUCCCUUCUAACAGCUGCCUCCAUCUCCACACUCCAAAGAAAAUGGGUCUUUGAACCAACUGAACCAACCAUACCAGACGGAGACUUUCUUUGAAAAUGGAUCCAUGCACAAAUCUAGUGGUGACCCUUUAGCACUUACUAAACCAUACGCAGAUGCAGUAGGUUAGGACACUGUCUAUAGCACAGUGGUAGAAAGUUACCAGCAGUUUUUCAUUCAGUUGUUGGUUCCUUAGAAGUCUUAGGUAGUACAGUCUCUUCUGGGCCCUCUUAAUCAACACUGCCGUAUGGGUGCCCAGGUCAGAUCCUCCUUAACAGUGACACCCAAAAACUUAAAAACCACAGCACUUGGUCUCCAUUUAUGACCAAGGGUUCGAUUUUCGGUCUGUUCUUUCUGUCAUUCACUAUGAACUCCUUGGUCUUAUUGAUGUUAAGAACUAGAUUAUUAUCCCUGCACCAUGAGGGCAGCCAAUCCACCUCAUCCUGAUAAGCAGAUUUAUCCCUUUCAGAGAUAAGCCCCACCAUGGUUGCAUCAUCUGCAUAUUUGGUAAAGAUAUUGCUGUGAUGGAAGGGGACAGAAUCAUAUGUGUACAAAACGUUAAGCAGAGGACUCAACACAGAGCCCUUUGGCAUUUCUGUGUUGAGAGUAAGAUCCGAUGAGGUAUCUAAUCUAACCACUCUAUUAAAAGUAGAUUGUGCUGCUAAUGUUUGUCAUGCCCCUCUUAGUCAUUGCUUUUCACCUGGCUCUGGUAGGUGGAUUUUUGCAUGCCUGAAGUCCUCUUACCCAUGCUUUAGUCUAAUGACUUACCAUUGUUCUCAAUCUGGCAUUACAGAUGUGUAAUUAAAACAUCUCCCACAUGUUAAUUACUCACUGGAAUGCAUUUUGGUGGUAAAAAAGUGCUCCUCUUAAGCAUGUUACUUUCCUUAAAGGUUACCUUUUUCUUUUCUAUUGUAGUUUUUCUUUUGUUAAAAUCAGGAACAGAUCUGUGUAAAGUUAGGAGCACUUACCAUUGAACCCAUGUCUUCACAAUCCCACAUAAAAUAGAAUACGCAAAAAUUGGAUUUUUUUGUAAAAUAGUCAGUAGGCUAUAGUAAAUUGGUAACAUUUUGAAUAGUUUGCAACAAUUUUAAAGCCAGACUACUUUGUCACUGGAAAUUGUAUAUUACCUGUGAUUUUUAAAAUUGUGUUUUCACAGAGGGGAUUUGUAACAAGCAUACCAUACAAAUAUAAAGUUUUGUACUUAACUGUGUAAGCAGAAUAUUCCUACCCACCCCACCCCUUCACGAGUCUAUUUUUAUAGGGAUUGGAAAGAGGUUCACUAGUUUUCCACUCUGUGAAGACUGAUGUCUGAAGAAAUAGUUCCGAUUGGGCUCAAGGACAUUUCCCAUCAAAUUUAUAUAAUAAAUUUCAUCUUUUUCUGCAUAUUCUAUCCAUCUGAAUAUGCAAUAAUAGCUGAAGGCUCAUUUCUGGGAAAGAUCUAUUAGACUUUCAUCACUGCACUAGCUAAGGGGUUGCAGAUUUCUCAGGGAAGUUGAUGCUUUGCAGAGCAUAAAAAGAAAUUUCAACUUUAAAAAUGUUGGAUCUUGUUCUGGUCUUGCAUCUUUUUUAGCAAAUAUAUUUACUUUGCUUUGUUCCUAAAGCCUUAAAAUACUUCGGUGUUGUAAUAGAAGCAGAAGCGUGAUACUGCUUUAAACAUACAAUUAGCUUAUUUCACAUGUAAACACAACUCAGAAAAGAUUAGGGCAGUGGCCGGAAAAGAAAAGUGAAGCCAUGCAUAUUAUCUCACUUCCAUCCAUGAGUAGGCACAAUAUAAUUCAUGAGAGCUAGAAAACAUUUUGGGUCUGUGAAGAUGAGAAUUAUACUCUAUGUUAAUGUCCACCACUUUAGACUUCUAAAUACUGCUUAUUAAGGCAGCUUUUGACAUGCUCAUUGUCAGAAUCCAGGGUCCCCAUAAGUAUUGUUUGAAGGCACUUGUAGCUGUUAUGGUUUAAUUUCCUUUAUAUGAAUGGCCUGGAUGCAGUUCAAAAGGUUUUGAUUGAUAUGUGAUUUGUACGGUGCAAGAAUCUGCCUCUACACUCAGCAUUUAUGCCUAUAUAUAAUGCCUAUAUGAUCAAGUCUGGAACCUGAUUUUCCCCACUGUAAACAGAGCAGAUAUAUAUGAAAUAAAACUGUAGGAAAUAAAUGUGUUAUGCAGCUGGGGCCUUGCUUUGAUACAAUUGUUCAUUAUCAAACUUCAGUUGAAGAAGUGGUCAAUUUCUCCAGCUAUACACACAGAUUAUUUGUUUACAUAUCUUGUUUCAGAUUGUUAUGAGUUGGAAAGUCACAUUGUUCUAUGACAGCUGCAAUACUAUGUAUGCUUAUCUGGGAGCAAGUCCCAUUUAACUUGUUGGGACUUACUCUGAGGCCCCUUCUACAUUGCUAUAUAAAAUCCAGAUUAUCUGCUUUGGAUCCUAUCUGCUUUGGAAGUCUAGAAGGGCCCUGAGAAGUAAUGCAUAGGAUUGCACUGUCAGAUAAUUUAUUUGUCUUAUGGACAUUUGUAAGCAAGAAUUUAUCUCAUGAGAUAUGCACAAUUAGUAAAAAUGGUGAUUGGGAUUCAUCUCGUGUUAGCAGUAUGGAAUUACAGAAUAUAUUUUAUGCUUCUUUUACAGCUGAGUGUUACCCAUUUGGGAGUUCAUCAAUUUUUGAGUGUUUAUGUUUUAAAAAGUUCUAUUGAAAACGUAUUGUCUGACCUUGAGAGAUAUGAGUGUAUAGCAGUUUCUGAUGAACCAAGUGGUUAAUGGCAAGAUGGGAUUUUUACUUCUGUAAACAUUAUGGAACAAAGGUGGUCGACCAGAUUGAUACAUUGACUUCUGACCUUCAGUUGGAGGAUGAGAUGACGGACAGCUCAAAAACAGACACAUUGAACAGCAGCUCAAGUAGCACAACAGCAUCAAGCUUGGAAAAAAUCAAGGUGCGAGCCAACGCACCGCUCAUCAAGCCCCCAGCCCACCCAUCUGCCAUUCUUACAGUUCUAAGGAAACCCAAUCCCCCACCUCCUCCUCCACGGCUGACUCCUGUGAAGUGUGAGGACUCUCACCGGCCAGUUAUCCCUCCCAACCCUGUAAAGACUAAUGGGACUCUACUACGAAAUGGAGGUUUACCAGGUGGACCAAAUAAAAUUCCAAAUGGAGAUAUAUGUUGUAUAUCUAACAGUAACUUGGACAAAGUUCAAAUGCAACCUUUGAUGCACAGACCUGAAAAAGACAGGUGUCCUCAGACUGGAACACGGGAACGGGUACGAUUUAAUGAAAAGGUGCAGUACCAUGGCUAUUGUGCGGAUUGUGAUGUUCGAUACAAUAUUAAAAACAGGGAGGUUCACUUGCACAGUGAACCUCCCCAUGUGCCGGGAAAGCUUCCUCACCAAUGUCCUCCCUUACCACCACCACCACCUCCACUACCUCCUUUUCCACUAGAAAAUGGAGGGAUGGGAAUAAGUCCCAGUAGUAGCUUUCCCCCUCUCAGACCUGCAACUGUGCCUCCUCCACAAACUGCACCAAAACCCCAGAAGACUAUCUUGAGAAAAUCAACCACUACAACAGUGUGAUGUUAUCCCAUUUGGAAAACUGUUUUUUUUCUUCUUAUGUAUAAACAUAAAAGGUAAUGAGCACUUUCUACUCAAGCAAUAAAAAGCCCAAAUAUAUUGCAUCCUUUCUUCUAUGAAGUGGCAUAAAACUCAUGUGCUCCUUCAGGCUGGAAGGAAUGUCAAAAUUUGGAGGCAUGUUAACUAGUUUCCCCAUGAAAGAUUCGACACUGCAACUUCGUUCAGGCCAUAUAUCAUUUAUAAUAGGAGCUCUUCUUGGAGCUUGGAAGCCCUUGAGCCAGAGCACAACCAAUGGCUGGUGAAAUCUGCAUUAAAUGACCGGCCUCAUAUCCAACAGCUAUGAGCCAAGGCCUGACAAAAGCAGCAGCCUUAAGUACCCUUCAUGCUGACAGAAGAAGAAGGAGAAUUAUUUUAUUGCCCCAUCCCACUAACACAGCCAUCUCCAAAGCUUGCCAUUAGAGGAGCUCACUGCUAAAAAAAGAAAUUGAAAACAGCCAGUGGAAAUCCAGCUAGUGUCCAGAAUAGAUACAUGGAGCUAAAUAAAAGUUUGAAGCACUUAAAUCACUGCAGGAAAAACAACGUAUUUAGUCCCCUUUGAGAAGGUUGUCAUUUUGGAUGAAGAGAGAAGAUCACUGUUGUCUGUUUUGUAAAUUCAAAGCCAUAGAAGAAGAGAGGAUCUAUGAUUCUAAAAAUCCUUGGAAAGAGCUUGUUUCCUGUCUUCUGCCAAAAUAAUUCAGUUGUAAUAGAUUGCAUCUUAAUGCACUUCUAAUAUUUGCACUGUUGCUUCCAUUCAGGGGAAUGAUGUAGGCCAUCAUUUGCACAGAUGGCUACAUGAAAUAUUAGUCCACAAGAAAACGUGUCUUGAUGGGCUUCUAGAAGAAAUUGUAUUGAAUCCAUCUACGAAAAUAUAAGGCCCUUCUAUUCUUUCACAGUUGGAAUCUUACUCAAAAAGUAAAUUGUUGCUCCUCAAGACUGAGGCUAUUUUUGUUUUUAAAAAAAGCAUCCACAGGCCAGUCUGAAUUUUAGAGUGGAUCUAAUUUGUAAUACAUUUUGUAUCAUUGUAAGAAUAAAGAAAUUGAGUUGAGUAACUCACAUGGUCCUAAUGAACAUUGAAAAUAUCCUACCAGUUGUACAAGAAAGGGGAAAAACAUUUGUACUACAUAUUUGACACAUAACAUUUUUAUAGCUAGUUAUCUGUUCUUCAUAGGAAAUGUACCAGCUAAAUGGGCAUUUUCAGUUUAUUUUUCUAAAUAAAUGUGGUAUUUGUAUAAUUUGCAAUCACUUUAUUUUGCUGAUUUUCAUUGUAAGCCCAUAUCCUGCCCCUUUUACUCUCCUUCACUAUAAAGGGAGAUUUCGAGACAAGACCAAAACAUUUGUUUUGCCAUGUUAAAUCAUAAUGAUUUGCAGACUGAAAGCUUUAAUAUAAGAUGUUGUUUGUAGAAUUAUAAAAUAUAUUUCUACUGGAGAAUAUGUAUGGAAACCCAGAAAGGCUGUAUUUUAAUCUUUAAUUUCAACACAUAGGUUAUUUUUAAUAUUCCUCCAAAAGUAUUUGGUUAAUGUAGUUUGCUUAAAAGUUGUUGGAGAGGAUCUUGAUUCAGAUGUUUGCAAUUUUUCAACAAUGAUAGCCACAUCAGGAAUUAUGAGCCUGCAUGUACAUAACACAGGUCACAAUCCAACACUAGGCCUCUGCAUGCUCCAAGGACUCUGUUGUGAAGUUAGUACUAAUAAACAGGCUGGAAGAAUUGUACACAUAUGCUCCAACUCUGUGAUAGGAUUGAAUCUGUAGAGCAGGACAUUGUGUUACAGCGGGAGACCUUCUUCCAGAGUAUGUCAGUAGAGCAUCUAGUCAUCUGUGCUAAUAAUUGUGAAUAGUCAAUUUCUGUCCAUACCACACUAUAGAGGCUAGGAUGGAUACAGAAAGGGAUGGGUGGGUCAGCUGUGAAGUAGCUUCAUGGGCCCAGUACCUGCAUGCUGCCUGGUUGGCUUGACCCAAGUUGCCGGUAUUCACAGAUCUACUCCACUCUUUUUAGAGCUUAGGGGGAAAAAAUGACCAUUUUUGGACUACAGAUUUUAGAAGCUACAAGCCUUCAUGGCCAUUGGAUUUUGGGAGCUAUAGUCCAAAAAUGUAACUUUCCAACCCUGCUGUUUCUUUGCAUUCAGAUUGCUCUUGGAGAAAUUCAACUCCAUACCCCUAGAUCUCCAGCUCUGACCUAUGGUAAUGUGUGAUCAAAUAGCUGACCUAUAGUAAUGUAUGAUCACAUUUGCACCUUUGCCUUCCUGCAAAGCAAAGGUGCCAAUGCACAUCUACACUUCCUGCCACCUACAUAGAGAAGGGCUAGAUCAGGUGCAUGGUCUGCAGAUCAUUUUCAUGAAUAGGUUCAGUACUGAUGAAUCUAUAACUGAUGUGUUGUACGGAGUGCUCUUAUUUCUGAAUGCUUGCUAAAAGCAUAAUUCAAAACCUCUGAAUAUUGCUAUGGUCAUGUUCACAAAUGACACUUUUUUCUCAUGUGUCACUCCAGCGCAAUUUUGAAAGUGGAAGAGAGCCAUUGUGAAGUCAAAAUCAAUAUGGGGCUUUUGUUUGCAUUUUGGACAUAUAUAAUUCAAAUUCAGGUUCUAGAAUUCAAUUUCCUUAUAAGUUAAUUUGGAUACAAAGACAUUAUUCUUUGCACAUGUAUUUUAAACUUUUAAAUACAUGUUUUGAGCCUUUAAUGUUGGUUGUGUUCUCUUCACAACAAUAAGGGCUAGAAGCUUAAUUGGUUUUUAUGUGAAAUCUGAGGAAAAGACUCCCUUGCAGCCAUAUGACUGUGUGGUCAUUCCCGCUUUCCAUCUCAGAAGAUAAAACAAUUGUCAUUGUGGCCUGAUUCCUAAAUUACACAUGUGGCUUUUGGGUAGCAGGGAUAUAUUCUCAAAUUAUAAUACAUGGUGCUGUUAAAGAUGCCAUUGCUUGAUCCGUUACAAUCUGGAGAGUUAAAAGAUAAUACAUUGUCUGAUAAUCUUAACCACAAUCUGCAAACAGGAAGAGUCACUGUAUCCAUUCAAUGCAGUAUUUUGUUAUUAUCAGUUCAUAGAUUCCUUCAAUGCUAGAGUUCUUUUGAAUAAAAAUAUAUAUUUUCCUUUUC